AUGACUGAUUCAAAUUCAAAUAAGAAAGGUAAGGAUAUUUGGUCACGAAUUACUUUAGGUCAAUUGGUCGCUGCUAUUCAAUCUCUCGGAGAUCGUGUUGAUCAACUCGAACAUGAAACAUGGCGAUUGAAUAUUAAAACUAGAUGCCCCAGUUCUCUUUGGGGUGAAGUUAUCGAUAAAUUAAAUCUUCGUCAUGACGAAAAAACACGUCAUUCUUUGUAUAACAUAUGGUGCCUAGAUCGUCACGAAAUUCAGAAACUUGUUGGAAAAAAGAAAAAAAUACAUGAUGGAACAGAAAAGGAUGGAUGCGAGAGUAAUAUUGAUGACAAAGAACAAAAUUCUGUUUCAGAAGGAAAAAAUUUACCUUUACCUUCUAAUCUUUCGUUGCCGCUACCAACAUGGCCAAAUACACGUGCUAAUAAACAAGAAAAUAUUGAUGAAAAUAAUCCUAAAAAUGUGUUCGUCGGAGAAAUAUCUCUUGCUUUUACUUUCGUUGAAUGGAAAAAUGCGUUUAGUCGUACGGAUCAGAAAAUGAAAGAUGAUUGGACUGAUAUUUUUUAUGAAAAGUUAAAGGCAUCUGGAAUCAGAUGUUCAACGAAAUUUAAAACACCAACCAUCAAAAAAGGAAAAAGAAAACAAAACUGUCAAUAUUUCUGUUGCUAUGCUACAUGUACUAUUGGUAAAUGUCCAAGAAAAUAUCAAAUAACUCUUCGCCAUCUCCCAGAUCAGAACUCGUCGGUACUUUUUUUGGUGCGAUUUUUUGGUCAAGAAAAUCAUAAUCCUGUCAUCAAAACAGCUGCACGUAAAGUAUCUGGUAAAAAACGUUUGCUUAUCGGUAAACGAGCAAAUGAAAUUGGUCCACUAGCAGUGUACCGUGAACUCGUUAAUGAUGCUGAUAGAGAUCUGCUUGCCGCUGGUAAUUAUACACAAUGCCCAACGAUUGAAACAAUAAAAAAAACGGCCUCAGAUUUCCAUGAUAAAUCAUCCGAACAUAUUCAUGGAUACAUUCAUGAUACGGGAGAAAUGCCAUUUCGUGUACAUUUAUAUUCUGAAUCGCAAAUUCGACGAUAUGUAAACUAUAUUAGAAAGGAAAAGUAUUCAUAUGUUCAUACAGAUGCCACAGGUGGUAUUCUACCCAAAAUGUCUGAACAAAAACAUUCAUUACUCUACGCUAUCAUUUUCAAAGAUGGUAUCGAUGUUGAUGAUACUGUUCCGCUUGCACAUGCAAUUUUAAGUAGUCAUACAGUGGCAACUGCUAUAAUGAAUGCCGUUCUGCAAACAUUUAAUACUGAAACGAUCAAUAUACAUCUUAAUCGGUGUUGGAAUGUAAUACAAGGACAAUAUAAUGCUCAACAACUUCGAUCUUUAUCUUUUAUCCAUUUAUGUUGUUGUCACGUCAUACAUGCCAUUGCACGAAGUUUAACAGCUGCGCAUGUUGAUAAAAAAACUCGAAGAGCUACACUACAUAUAUUUGCUUUCAUCUUAUGCAGUAAUGAUAUUGAACAAUUAUAUGAUAUUCUCGGAUCGGUGAUUAACAUCUUUGGCGACCCAAAUGAACAGAAAGCCAAAGAAAAACUUAAUAAAAUGCUUGCGCUUGAAUUUGACGUCGAUGAAGAAAGUGAAUCAAUGUUGAAGGAUGGUAAGAAAAUAUUUCAAGAGGCAAAAGAAAUGGAUGAUGAGUUGAGAGUAGUAGACGAAUAUCUUCGUUCUAAUGCCCCUAUAAUUCAUCAAUCACCAUUUAAUAAGGAAGCCAUUCGACGUUAUCCGGACUUAGCUAAUAUUAUUCAUAAUAAAUCAAAAACUGAUAAAACUAAUAAUCCAUUGUUUUCUCCAUCAAUAAUUCGUAUUUUUUAUCGAUGGUGGGCCUAUUUACCUCUAUGGAUAGGCUUACUAAUGAAUUUUGAAGAACGUUACUCGAAUGAUAAAAAAAAAAAUUCGUCUGUUAUAUAUUUUCCUGUUCGUUAUUCAAAUGCCAUUAUUGAGAGCUACUUCCGUACAUUCAAAAAAAGUAUUUGUAAAGGAAAAAAAAAUAAUCUCCCGUCAGAUAUUAUCAUGGAAUUACAUGGAAGUAUUCAAGUACAAUCAAAGGCGAAUGAAUUUGGCCUAAAACAAAGCUCAAAGGGAAGAAAGAGAAAAAAACAAACCGUAACGAUAGAGGAGAAUUGGGGCAAGGGAACAGCGGAUACGAAAAUUCGAAAUGUUUAUCUCCAUAUGAUCGACAAAUGUGCAUCAAAACGUGCUCGAGCAAAAAUUGAUGGAGCUCAAUCAGAUGAUGUUAUCAAAAAAUACAGUGAUGCGGAAGAAACAACAACUAUUGCAUCAUCACAUAAAUCAAUAGCACCUUCUGAAGAAACAGCUAAUGAUAUUUCGUCAAAUGAAUCAUCUCGAAACAGUGAUAACCGUUCUACACCAUCAUCAUCAAAACGGAGUUCAACAGUAAGUAGUAAAUAUUCUAUUGAUAUUCCGAUUACUUUAGAUAAACCGACGAUCGACAAUGAUGAACAAAAUGAAAUUUCAAUUGAAUUCAAUUUGGACACAAAUUCAUAUUCUUCAAUCACAAGUACUUCAUAUACUGUUCAUAAAGAACCCAAAGUGACAACUGAUCAAUCAUCAAAGAAGCCGCCUAUUCAACGUUCACCCCAACCAGAAACAAUUGUUGAUGGCUAUAAAUUACGAUGGCCAAAGUUCGGAGUGGAUAAUGUCCUUUUCGAAGGUCAAUCAUAUUCUCUCAUACUUACAUGUCCAGUAGAUACAGCAUUAUUUGCUUUAUAUUUUGUUUACAAAACUGAUAUAAAUCUUGCUGAUGAAUUCGAUAACGCACCAGAAUCAUCACCAUAUUCGACACUUGUCAAAACGUUUCAGUUUAAUUUAAUGGCUAAAUAA